AUGCGUUUCACUGCUGCCACUGUUGCCUUCUUCGCCGGCCUUGCCGUUGCCGCCCCCGGUGCCGCUGACCAGACCGUCUACGAGACUGACGAGGUUACCAUCACCUCCUGCGCUCCCACCGUCACCGACUGCCCCGGCCGCUCCUCCGCCGAGCCCACUGGCACUCCCGCCGUGACCACCAGCGCUGUCGCCUCCGAGACCCCCGCUGUCUCUGAGACCCCCGCCUGGUCCUCCGAGACCCCUGCCUGCUCUGUUGGCGGCUGGGCUCCUAGCUCCAGCGCCCCUGCUCCCGCUCCCCCCGCGGUCACCUCCGCUUCCUACACCGUGAGCGCCAUCACCACCUGCGUGCCCACCGUCAUCUACUCGACUGUGCCCGUUGGCCCCGCUCCCUCCGGUGUCUCCCCCACUGGCCCCGCUGGCGGCAACGGUGGUGGUGUUCCCCACGUUCCCUCCGGCACCAAGGGCGUUACCUCCGGUACCGCCUCUGCCUCUCCCUCCGCCUCCUCCCCCGUCUACGCUGGCGGUGCUGGUGCUCUCAGCGGCUCCGUCGGCUUCGCCGGUGCUGCCGCCGCCGCUGCCUUCUUCCUCGCAUAA